UCCGUCUAUCAGAGACACAGAGAGAGACAGAGUGGUCAGUGUGCGAUCAGUUGAGCAAAAUGAAGGGAUUCGUGGUGUUUGCGAUGGCGCUGGCCCUGGUGGCGAGUGCGGCGGUAGAAAAGAAGGAAGCCGCUGCAUCCGAGGCGGCCGCUGCCCCGGCGGCUGCGGCUGAGGGCGAGAAGAAGCAGGAGAAGCGCGGUCUCGGCUGGGACCUCGGGUACGGGUACGAGUCGCACGGCUGGGACUCGCCGAAGCUGUCGCACGGCUGGGACGAGCCGCAUGUGACGACGAUCACCAAGAAGGUGCACGUCCCGUAUCCGGUCGAGGUGAAGGUGCCGUAUCCGGUGCACGUCGAGAAGCACGUUCCGGUGGUGGUCGAGAAGAAGGUUCCGGUCUACGUCGAGAAGCACGUCCCGGUGCACGUCGACCGCCCGGUGCCGUACCCGGUGAAGGUUCCGGUCAAGGUGGUCCACAAGGAGUACGUCGAGGUGCCGAAACCGUACCCGGUCCACAUUGAGAAGCACGUUCCGGUGGUGGUGAAGAAGCCGGUCUACGUGGAAAAGCCGGUGUACGUGAAGUCGCACGGCUGGGAGCCCCACUCGCACUCGUACUCCGAGUUCCACUCCUGGUAA